AUGGUGUCGCUGGCCAUAACCGCCAGCAGCACCUACAACACUGCCGCUCUCACCACCACUACUUCAUGGUACGACAUCACUGUAGACGGUACGACCGUCUUUGAUGUCGCCCGCGCCACCAUCGUCCGCCAGCAACUCAUGGCAGACGUGUCCAUCAUCCCAAACGUGGGCGAGUCUUUCCUGAUUUCCGGCGAGGUCGAAGUAGACGAAUAG